AUGACAGAACUUUGGAAUCGUGUUCUGGAGAACAGGACCCAGCAGUGCCCGCUCAACAGCACAGAUUCCCCGCCGCUGGAUGAUUUGGAUGUGAACACGGAUAUUUAUUCCAAAGUGCUCGUGACGUUGAUUUACGCUGUGCUGUUUGCAGUCGGUUUAAUCGGUAACUCCAUGACCCUGUACAUAUCUCUCCACUGGAGAUCCAUCAGACAUCUCCAAAGCACCGUGCAUUAUCACCUCGCCAGUCUCGCGGUGUCCGACCUGCUGAUUCUGCUGCUGUGUAUGCCUGUGGAGCUGUACAACUUCAUCUGGAUUCAUCACCCGUGGGCUUUCGGUGAGGUGGUCUGCAGGAGCUAUUACUUUCUGCGGGACGGCUGCUCGUACGCCACGGCGUUUAACAUCGUGAGUCUGAGCGUGGAGCGCUACGUGGCACUCUGCCACCCGUUCAAAGCCAAGAGUCGGAUGUCUCGCGGACGCACCAGGAGACUCAUCUGCGCGCUCUGGUGCGCGUCGCUUAUUCUCGCCUCUCCGAUGCUUUUGACCAUGGGGCAACUUUACGUGGGUGAAGAAAGCAUCUGUACCAUCGUGGCCUCCUCCAACACCGCCAGAACUGUUCUGCAGGUAAAUGCCCUUCUCUCUUUUGUUGUGCCAAUGCUGGUGAUUACAGUGAUGAAUGGCCUGAUAGGACAUCAACUCCAGAGAAUGACCCAUCAUGACUUAUACUGUUCAGUAGCUUCAGAUCACAGCGUCACAACAGAGAAAAACCGUGAGCGAUCCCUACGCCAUGGUGUCAAAGUCCUACGUGGGGUUGUUUUUGCCUUUGUUUUAUGUUGGUUUCCUUAUCACUGUCGUCGACUGAUGUACUGCUAUGUAACUGGGUGGACAAAUGCACUUUACGAUUUCUACCAUUACUUUUACAUGGUGACAAAUGUGCUUUUCUAUGUGAGUUCUGUCAUCAAUCCCAUCCUAUACAACCUGGUCUCAUCCAAUUACCGCCAAGUCUUUUUCUCCACUGUCACUUACUUUUGCCAUAUGCACUCUAAAAGACAGAGGACUAACCAGAGCAAGAGGAGCUUACAGCUACCGCAGCAACUCCAAUCGUCCCUGGUCACACCCCGUAACAGUCAGCAGACCCUUUGUCCCAUGGUGAUCAUGGACACUAUGUACUGA